CUAUCCAUAAAAAAUAGAUCAUGAAGUUCCAAACCAGUUCAUUUUGCAAUUUUCAUAUGUUAGUAGAGAUGUGAAUUUAGGUUUGUCGUGUACACAAAAUAUCAUUGUGAUUCUCGGGUUUUCUCCGCCGACCGGCAAGCCACGCGAUUAGGUUAUCGUUUAAAUAAAUUCAUUCGAAUGCUCCUCGCGAUUACAAUUUCAGAUUUACGCUUCUUCCUUUUUCUUUCCGAGGUAAAGUCUAGGCUCAGUAAAGUAAUUGAAACGCGGGGCGAAGGCUAUUUGUGAAUAUGGAUAACGGGUGGGCUAGCAGUAAAAAUGGCAUGAGCGCUCAGGAGAAACGUAAACGAGAGCGUGAGGAGGCAUAUGAAGAUUCUCUUUUUGAAGACCUUGGAGAAGAUUUCCGCUUGCCUAUCAAUCAUAGACCUACUGAAAAUUUAGAUACUGAUAAUUUAGAGCAGGCCUCUGUGGACACACAGUUAACAUCAUCAAAUAUCGGGUUCAAGCUUUUGCAAAAAAUGGGGUGGAAGGGCAAGGGUCUUGGCAAAGAGGAGCAAGGAAUUAUUGAGCCCAUAAAAGCAGGGGUACGAGAUCCAAAGCUGGGAGUUGGGAAACAAGAACAGGAUGAUUACUUCACUUCUGAAGAAAAUAUUCAGAGAAGGAAGUUGGAUGUUGAACUGGAGGAGACUGUGGAGCUGGCAAAAAAGCGUGAGGUUGUAGCGGAGCGUGAGCUGAAGAUCCAGUCUGAGGUGAAGGAAAUACGAAAGACAUUCUUUUGCGAGCUUUGUAACAAACAAUACAAGCUGGCAGUGGAAUUCGAGGCACACCUGAGCUCCUAUGACCAUAAUCACAAGAAGCGCUUUAAGGAAAUGAAAGAGAUGCAUUCUGGUGGUACUCGUGACGAUAGGCAAAAGCGUGAGCAGCUGCGACAGGAAAGGGAAAUGGCCAGAUUUGUUCAAAUUGCGGAUGCUCAACGGUUACAACAACAACAAGAAGAUUCUGGAGUUGCCCCAGCUUCUAGCACAGUGCGAAAUGCUACAUCACUGGUAGUGCAGGAUCAGCGAAAGACAUUGAAGUUUGGAUUUGCAGCCAAAUCUGUUGCCUCUAAGGCUUCUGCAGGUGCUGUUGUCAAGAAGACAAAAGUUGUUAGCAAAGUUUCAUCAGUUUUUGGAGAUGACAGUGAAGAGGAAUCAUAAUAACCAACCCUGACAUGAUCGUGUAUCUUCUCCAGUAUUACAUUUCUGGAUUUCAAAUUAUGAAGAGGUUCCACAUCAUAUUAUUUGAUUAAUGUAUUAUUUUAUGUGAUCAUUCUGGUUCUUCUGAAAAGAAGCAUUUCAAGUUUUGAUGAUUUGCCAUGGAUGAAUUCCAUAUAUUUUCCAGAAAUUAUAUAAGAGAUGGCAAUUCUUUUACAAAAGUACAACUGUUCCUUAUCAUAGAGUUGUGAGCUCAUUGGGGUUUUUUUAACCUCCUUCAAGAUAACUCUCAUGUACUCGAUAUGUAGCUGCUGUCAUAUUCAUAUUGAUAUUCUAUUAAUUGACUUGUUA